AUGGUCUCAGUAUUCUCAUUAACCAAACAGGUUUUAACUGCGCUCGCUUUUGCUUUAUUGGCCCAAGGUGUUGCUAUCCCUGAAGGUCUCGAAAAGAGAAGCCCAGGUUUUGUUUCGUUAGAUUUCGACGUCAUUAGAAAACCCCUCAGUGCCAACUCAACCGCUCCAACAGGUGCAGGCGUUUCCAAAAGAGCCGGUAAGGUCCCAUUGACUUUGAUCGAUGAAGGUGUUUCGUAUGCUUCCAAGAUCACCGUUGGCUCAAACAAGCAACCACAAACCGUCAUCAUCGACACCGGUUCAAGUGACUUGUGGCUCGUUGACGUGAAUGCCAAGUGUGAAGGCAAGGACAAUGACUGUAAACAAUACGGUACAUUCAACCCCAGCACUUCAUCCACUUGGAAGAAAUUGAACCAACAGUUCUCCAUCGAGUACGGAGACUACACCACAUCCACAGGAACCUAUGGUAAAGACACUGUUGGUUUUGGUGGAAUCUCAAUCACUGGACAACAGUUGGCAGAUGUGACUGACACCUCGGUCAACCAACCAAUCUUGGGAAUUGGUUUGGAUACUCUCGAGGCCUCAAACACCCAGUAUGACAAUGUCCCCGUCACUCUUAAGAAACAAGGUGUCAUUGCCAAGAAUGCCUACUCGCUUUACUUGAACAAGCCCGAUGCUGCUACCGGUACCAUUAUCUUUGGAGGUGUUGACAAUGCCAAGUACUCAGGCAGUUUGAUCUAUGAGGAUGUGACCUUGCCCACCAGAUUGACCAUUGCAUUAGGUGGUGUUGGCUGGAACGGUAAGUCCUACAACGGUGCAAAUACUGACGCAUUGUUGGAUACCGGUACCACUUUGGCUUAUUUGAACCCAGACAUUGUUGACGGUAUCGCCAACCAGGCCGGUGCUUAUUGGGUGACCUAUCAAGAUGGCGGACAGUAUGAAAUCAGCUGUGACGCUAACCUUUCGGGUGACCUUGUUUUCUCCUUUGCAAAGGGAGCCAAGAUCUCGGUCCCAGCAUCGGAGUUGAUUUACAAUAACGGCGACGAUGGAUGUAUCCUCGGUGUGCAACCUAAUGCUGGAUCUGAUGAUCUCACCAUCUUGGGUGACACCUUCCUUCGUCACUCCUACUUGGUGUACAACCUUGAUGCAUUGACUGUUGGAGUUGCCCAAGUGAAGUACACCACAGCCUCGUCAAUCAGUGCCAUUUAA